AUCAUUACGUAGGUAGUAUCUUAACAAUCUGUGCAAACUGUACAAAAAAUCAAUAUUUUGCAAAGUUGAAAUAGGUACGAAAAUUCAAAGACGUAUUUUCCAAAAAUAUGGUUCAGUUUCACAAUUUUGGUAUUUAAGUGUUUACAUCGUAAUCAAUUGAGUGUAAAAUCCUUGUAAUACCUACAAAACGUUUACUGCAUUGCAUGUGUAUAAUAUUGUUUUUUUUAUAUUCCGAUUUCCGUGUGUUUACUCCUAUUGAUGAUACCUUAAAUUCUCUGGACUUUCCUCCUUCUCCGUUCUUGGAGGAGUACUGAUAAGUGUUCUGAGUUCUGGAGCCACUCGAUAUCUGGGUUUUUGUUAAUGGAUUUGAAGUUCUACCUGUGAGUUCUACCCGGUUUAUCACGUUUAUUGAAGCGAUUUGGAGGUACAAAAUGUAUUAAGUAUCUGUUACUACACAUUGAAGUGUGAAUAAACAAGAAAAAACAAUGAAAUACAUUACAAAACUACUCCAUGCUAUCAACAACUGCUUAAUACCAAAAUUAUCUAAAAGUUAUUUUGAAUGUACUACUCAUGUAGAGUUUGAUGUCCGCAAUGAUAAUUUAGACAAGAACUUUGAACAACUAAUGCAGUGUCUCAAAGAUCUAACUUUGGAGAACAAUGAUGAAGCUCCAACCAUAAUAUCAUCACUCUACAUUUUGUACCAGGAGCUCAAAUGUGAUGGUCCAUGGAAUAAUGAUAAGACCAAUGAGUACUCAAAAAAACUGAACAUUACUUUUGAGGUGUUGGCCGCUGUUUCCCUGGAGCGUGUUAUUCAAAAAAGUACAUUCAAUGUACAAGAAAUAUUUGAUAAAUGCUUAGAAGAGCUAAACUGUAAAUUAACAUCUGAUGAUUUUAAGAAAUAUCCAGGCCUUAUCGAAGUUUAUUGCAAUCUAUUAGCAGAUGUGACGGAGUACAAUGUCAAACUGAAACCGGAAAAAAUAUUUCCAAUGUUGCUGCUAUUAAUUGAUGAUUAUAUACUUAUAAAUAAAAUGAAAGGAUUGGUGUGUUGCAUGAAGACUCUGGGAUGUAUGAAAAAACAAGACUUUGAUGGAGGGAAUUAUUAUGAAGUGCUUUAUAGAAGCCUCAAGAGAGUGUUUUUAGAGAAAGAUCUCAAUAUCACAGGAUCAACACAUAUAUGUCUUAUAGAAUUGUGUAACCUAUUUCCAGAUUAUAUAAAGUAUGACAAAAUGGAUAAUAUGUAUUCUGGGAUCCUACAACAGCUUAGUAUUGAAUCAAACAUAUACAGGAGAGCUGAAUGCUUGAAAUUCGCAAGAUAUUUACUAAGAACGCACGGAAUUAACUGCCUUAGUAGGGGCAGUUUGAGAACUAUUAUAUGUGACUGCUUGGAACUGUGCACAAACGAUACAGUCGCCAAUGUUAUUUUGAUGGACACUUUAGCGGUCCUCGAUGAAUGGACUACACAAUGCUGGUGUGUUUGGCAACUCUCUUCAGACCACAAAAUAAUUUCUACGCUAUUGAAAGUUCUAUACACCUGCAAGGAACAAAAGUUUGCUGCACACAUUCAAAGGCUUAUUAUAAUUCUCAUUUGUCUGAAUAAUGAAAAUGAAAGAAAACAACUUAUGGCAUGUUUAGAUAAAGCUGAUACUAUUUGUAAUGAUACUUUCAAGACGCGGAUAUUUGAAUUGAAAUAUUUAUAUUCGAAAAUACAAUUUUAAUAAGUCAUAAAAAUGUAGAAAAAAUAUAUAUUUAUUUGUAUUUAACAUAUUUAUAAGCCAUAAUAUUAUCAGUAAUUAGUCUCAGUGUAAGCCUUGCAUAAAAAGUUUCAAAUUCA